GGUGGCCGGGCGCGGAGGUGAUUCCACACUGAGGAGAGCGCGGCGGCCGGGGUGGCGGUGGCAGUGUUCGUGUGCUCGGGUGUGAGUCGCCGAGGGAGGAGGCGGUGGUGGAAGAGGUGGCGGCGGUGGCGGUGGUCGUAGCGGUGGCGGAGGAGGCGGGUACGAAUCAGCUGCGGGCGGAGACAUGGCCAACAUCGCGGUGCAGCGAAUCAAGCGGGAGUUCAAGGAGGUGCUGAAGAGCGAGGAGACGAGCAAAAAUCAAAUUAAAGUAGAUCUUGUAGAUGAGAAUUUUACAGAAUUAAGAGGAGAAAUAGCAGGACCUCCAGACACACCAUAUGAAGGAGGAAGAUAUCAGCUAGAAAUAAAAAUACCAGAAACAUAUCCAUUUAAUCCCCCUAAGGUCCGGUUUAUCACUAAAAUAUGGCAUCCUAAUAUUAGUUCCGUCACAGGGGCUAUUUGUUUGGAUAUCCUGAAAGAUCAAUGGGCAGCAGCAAUGACUCUCCGCACGGUAUUAUUGUCAUUGCAAGCCCUGUUGGCAGCUGCAGAACCAGAUGAUCCACAAGAUGCAGUAGUAGCAAAUCAGUACAAACAAAAUCCUGAAAUGUUCAAACAGACAGCUCGACUUUGGGCACAUGUGUAUGCUGGAGCACCAGUUUCUAGUCCAGAAUACACCAAAAAAAUAGAAAACUUAUGUGCUAUGGGCUUUGAUAGGAAUGCAGUAAUAGUGGCCUUGUCUUCAAAAUCAUGGGAUGUAGAGACUGCAACAGAAUUGCUUCUGAGUAACUGAGGCAUAGAGAAAGAGCUGCUGAUAUAGUCAAGCUUGCCCUUUCUUGAGGAGCAUCAACAUCUGUUAUUUUUAGGAUUCUGCAUAGAUUUCUUUUAAACUGGCAUUCUUGCCUAAUGAUGUUAUCUAGGCACCAUUGGAGACUGAAAAAAAAAUCCCUGCUCUGUAAAUAAAGCUAAUUAAACGUCUGUGUAAAUUUAAAAAGGGGAAAUACUUUAAUUUUUUUCUUAAUAGUGUAAAAAUUCUUUGAGCUAAGCUGAAACCAUGGAAAAAACAUGCUACUUUAGUGUUUAGCAGUGUACCAAGACUAGCAAGAGUUUGCUUCAGGAUUUCGUUGAAUAAUUAAGAUAAUAUUUUGAGUGUGUCAGGGCCAUUCAAAUUGUUGGUGUUGCAUCACAGCUACCUUAACUGUUUUUAACAUGGAUCCUCUGUGCCUGUGAAUUUACUUGCAUGCUUGUACUUGACUUCUUAGGAUGGGUAGCUGAAAAGACCACCAUUUUAAGCAUUUGAGAAUUCUUAAAUAUGAGAUUUAUCCAGAAUUGAAGAUGGUGACCUAUUCAGAGCCUUUUUGUCCUUGUCCACAGACUGGGACACCAUAUCUAUUUUUCCCCCUCUUACCACACACAGCUAAUAUUCUGAUGGUAAAUUUGUAUUCUGUAUUUGUUGAGGAAAUAAUGCCGAAGGGCAUUACCCCUUGCUCCAUUUUUAGGUCGUCCAUUUGGAAUGUUUUGUUACAAUUCUCCACUCCUAAAACUUUCCUAUGUGAGUAAUAAUGUAAAAAUGGAGCUGCCAAUUUUGUUCCUCUUGCAGAAACAGCAAAUAUUUGAUGUUGCAGUAUUCCCAAGAUUUAAUGAAAGAACCCAACUUAGUUUUUCAGUGAAUUUGACAUCUUUCUACUUUUAAACUGAUGAAAUUUUCUUUGAGCUCUUCCAAGGAUGCAAUCAACUAUUUGCAGUUUUUUAGCCUAAUUUUGGCUUUAUAGAGAUUGCUUUAUCAGGUACUUUAAAAGUCACUCUUGCUUGCAUUUACCCCUAUUGACACAUGAAAGCUGUGUGGUGUUUUACUGUACAUACUUCACAUACACAUAGGAAUAGAAGUGUGUUAUAAAUCUAGCUUUCUUUAUGAUGUUUCUGAUAAUAUGAGAAUUGAAAACUUUACCUUUUCUUGUACAUAGUCAGACUUUCUAUUCGUAUUAAAGUUACAUUUCAUUCUAAGUUCAAAAGUUUGAAAAUUAUUAGUUUUGCAAGCUCAAACACUAAUGUGACCAUUUUAUGAAGACUGAAAUGGACUUAUGCAGUCAGUUCUAUACAUAGAAACACAGUUCUUAUUAAAUUUUCAGGACCAAUGCAAAAUAACAAAAAUGUAAUGGAAUGAGAAUGAAUUAAAGUAAGGCUGUAUAUUGAAAGUCAUAUUAUAAAAGGUUUGCUUUCUUCAAGUGUUAUUUAUCCUAAAUUACAAUCGUUAAGUGUUUGCAAAAUAAUUUUGAACCAUAAAUUCAGCAUAAUUUCAUUUGACUUCUCAAUAAUCUUAGAAGCAAUAAAAGAACCAUUAUUAAAUAUAUUGUAAUGUUAAAGAUGUGAAGGUUCUUCCAAAAACUUGUAAGGCUUUCCUAAUUAAUAGUAAGCUCUUGUAGUUGAUAUUAUUGCAUACUAAACACAAGUUGGUAUGUUUUUUUCCCCUAUGUGUUUGCUUAAGUAUAAAUUCCUUUAUACAAUCACCUCCUUUAAUUGUUAUAGUUUAGUUACUUUCUAAGAUGCCAAAGGAAAUAAGAUUUUUCUUUAUUUAUUUUAAAUAGCUAAAACCUUGUACUUUAUAUUUUGAAGUAAGGUUGGGAUUGUGUGAAAAUGUGAACAGUUUUGUUCUACUGUUGAUUAGAAUUAACUUUUUUUUUUUUUUUUUUAAGUGGAGGGUGGCUUGGUAAUACUUGGAUUAUUUUAAAUAUCAAACACAUCUACCCAAUUUACUAUUUGCCUGUAUUAUCAGGGUAUAUUUAAUUCUCCUGUGGUUAGACAAAAGAACGAACUCAGAGAUUACUAAAGUCAAGCAUUACAUACUUAGCUCUUGGAGGCAGCUAUACCUUUAUACCUUGCCUUUGAUUUUUAUGCAUAUUAACCCCAUCUACUCCUCUACUCAGUGCCCAGGAAAUUGAAAAGUACAAUAUUUGGUAUAAGAGGUUCUCCAUAAUGCAGUUUUCAUUUCAAAAAUUUAUUUACCUCAUUUACAUUAAAUGUGAUAAUUCCUCUUUCUGAUGUAUUUCCCACUGCCCUUCUUUUUUAUUUCUCUACAGAUAGAUGUAUUUCCCCAAACAUAGAAAUUAAGGCAAUUGCUUUUUUUCCUUUGGUCUUACAUGUUUGGGAAAAGGACACUGAAAGUGCAGGUCUAGGGGAAAGGUACCCUGGUAGAAAUUAUUUUUAUAAUUCUCAGUUUUUUGUGAUUCGUCGGUUGUAAAGGCCUCAAAAAUUAUGGUUAAAUAUAUAUAUAUAUAAAUUUAUAUAUAUAUAAAUUUAUAUAUAUAUAUAAAUUUAUAUAUAAAUAUAUAAACUAUGUACAAGAAUAUAUAUAUAUCCUUGUACAUAGUCAAGAAUAUUUAUAUAUAUAAAAUAGUAUCUCAUUUAGAGCAGGCAGAUUUGCUAGAGGUCACUGAUAAUCUAGUAGGCUUUUAUUAUAAUUGGGUUUAUUUCCUGGGUAUGUGCCCGACUUUUAAAAGGACAAAUACUUGUAUAGUAUUUCAUUACAGAUUACUGAAUGAAUGAAUAGCAAUUUGUCACCCAAAUAAGUAUACAGUAGAUGGUUUAUAAAUAUUUGAGGAACUUUGUACUAAAUUAGAUUCUGAGUUGGCUACCCAAAAUAUUUGGAAUUGUGACUGUGGUUUACUUAAACACAUAACACAUAAAAGUAUGUAUAUGUUUGGAUUCUGAGUAUUUUGCUUUUGAGGAGAGAAAUCUAUGAAAUGAACCUAAGACUGACUUUUUUUCUUUUUGGAAGUAUUUCACAUUUGUGAUUGUUGGUGGCGCUUAAAACUAUGCAAAAAUAAUUUUUUUAAAGUAACUCUAAGAAUUGGCAUUUAAACUGGAUAUUGCUUAUUUUAUGCACUACAGAAUACAACAUAUUGUGUUACUAUUUAGGCUGCUUAUUAAUAAGUUUAUCGAUGUGAAAAAGCAGAUCUUGGCUAUAAGUGUAUGCCUGAUUUGAGCUUUUAAAACUCUGCAAUAGGGGUAUGAUUAUGAUUCCACAAUACAGGAAAUUAUAGGAAUACAAUAAAGCAUUUUUAUUGUUUUAAAGAUUUAAGAUGGAUUCAGGCACGGAAGGGUUGGAGCCAGGUAUACUUUCUUGUACAAAGAUGGAAUCAAUGUUUGGAUGUGAAAAAGGAAGCUGUCUGUUUACAGUUAAUUUUAUUUCAUGGACUUUAGAAAAUGAUGUUGUAUUAAUCACUUUUUCUAGUUCAAGAAAUUUCAAUUCCAGGGUACAAACCAUUGAUUUAAAAAAUUUGCAUUUCCAUUCCUUUAGUACCAGUUUAAAAUAAAUGCUUAACAUCAACUGUUUGCUAUCACUGGGGAAGAAGGCAAUUUGAAGUACUUACUGAUAAAUGGCCUUUUUCUCAAAUGUUACUUUUCUGCAGUGUCUAACACAUAAUGUCACAUGUUCUGUUUGCACUGUUGCAAUAUGGAUCAAAAAUCUUGUGGCAUAGGGAUAGGGGAAUGUUAGUAUCUCCCUUGUCCUGUUUGUUCUGUUACUAGUUUAUUGGACUGAUCUACCCUCAUAAACCUGUGAUCACCUAAAUGUAAGUUGUGAAUGUGUCACCUUUUGCUUGGUUAUUUCAACCAUGCUGCUAUAUAUAAUCAGGUGUGGCACAGUUUAUCAGUUUGGUUCUAGGGGGUGAGUGAAUACAAAUCAUUGCACUGUGCUGUUAAACGAUCCUUGUGUGCUUGCUGUUACCUACUUUUUACAGGCAUCAUAAUAAAAGCUAGACUAUU